ACUUGGCAACCAUGUUUCAUCAUUUCUCUCUUCUUUAGAAAGGCUGCGUUGCCUGGGUGGUACAACUAGCCGAACUUCUCUUGUUUUUUAGAAGCUCCAAAAUGACGGCUACCACGGAGCAGGUGAAGAAGGACAAGUCCAAGAAUGUGAUGCGCGAAUUGCGCAUUCGCAAACUCUGCCUUAACAUCUGCGUCGGUGAAUCUGGUGACAGAUUGACCAGGGCCGCCAAGGUGUUGGAACAGCUCACGGGCCAACAGCCCGUCUUCUCCAAAGCUCGCUACACCGUGAGAUCUUUCGGUAUCCGUCGUAACGAAAAGAUUGCUGUCCACUGCACAGUCCGUGGAGCCAAGGCUGAAGAGAUCCUUGAAAGAGGAUUGAAAGUUAGGGAAUACGAGUUGAGGAAAGACAACUUCAGUGACACUGGAAACUUUGGAUUUGGUAUUCAAGAACACAUUGAUCUUGGCAUCAAGUAUGAUCCCUCCAUUGGUAUCUACGGCCUUGACUUUUAUGUUGUCCUCGGUCGCCCAGGUUUCAGUGUAGCCGAGCGUCGCCGCAAGACUGGCAAAGUUGGAUUCCAGCACAGAUUGAAGAAGGAAGAUGCCAUGAAGUGGUUCCAACAGAAGUACGACGGUAUCAUCCUCCCCACCAAGAAGGCAUGAGCAUUGUGUGUACCUCGUUCUGUUGCAAAAUACACCGUUUUGCGAAAUCCA